AUGUCCAAUCGCUUCGAGGCUCGCAAGCAGAACAUUCUGGAGCAACUUGAAACUCCGGAGAGUGAGUAUCAAGACUUGUCGCCAAAAGGAUCUAUAGAUGUACCCAUCCGGGAUCUGAUCAGCGAAAUCAACGCGCUCGACGGUCUUGUCACCACCAGUAGUUGUUCUGGAAGGAUAAGUGUAUUCCUCGAAGGGCGCAAAGCAAGCAGCGAUGAUGCACCCACGGAAGAGAGUGGAGAAUCUCGUGCUGGUCCAGGCGGCAAAGGCGGCGGAGGGGCGUGGCUGUUCAUUUCUCACGAUCCAGUAGAGGCACCGGACGCGAACACCUUAUCGACAUUCUCCUCUAGAUUUGGACUGGAAGCUGCAUCACUAGACGAGUCGAAAACGCUCGAAGUGAGCAGCAGGUAUGUCCACCUCAAGUUCGAGCCAAUGAUACUUCACAUUCUGACUGCAUCAACGGCUCAUGCUCAACGCGUACUCACAGCAGCCUUGAGUGCUGGCUUCAGAGAAAGCGGUGCAGUCAGCUUGAGCGCUACCAGAACUGGAGAAUCCACUCCCAUCGUAGCAGUCCGCUCAACAGGCUACUCGUUUGAUUCUAUCGUUGGCUACCACGAUGAAAGCAGCCGCAACAUCCUCCUCGUAGAUGAAAAGCAUCUUGCAACUCUGAUCGGUAUAGCCAAUGAUCGCUUCAGAAUCAACACCGAGCGCAUUGCACGUUUCCAGAACGCCCUCAUGCAUGCUUUCAGACCUUCAGAUUCAGGUACUGGUGGAUCAAGCAAGCCAGACUGGGAAGACGCAGAGGUACGAAGGCGGCGGAAAAGAGAAGAAGGUCUUGCAAGACAACAAGCAUUACAGAAUAAUGGCUCGACAUGA